UUCUGAUACGAUAACCAGCUGAUAACAAACGAACGAACGAACGAACAGCAUCCGACAAAAAAGCAAACCGCGCCCGCUCAGCUCAGCUCAACAAAAGCGAGCUCCAAUCGCCGCGCUCGCCUCGGACCACACGCCCAAUUUCUACGACAUCUGCAACUCGUCACAAACUCCCUCGGCCUCCCUCAUUCCCCCCACGUGCCGUCACUGGCUCUCUUUAUUUACUACUUGUCUGUUGUCUUGCUGUAGUCAAUUGAUUAUAUCCGCUUCUGGAUCCUUUUUUUGAUCUUUGCCGCAUCGCAUCGCAUUUGCAUUUGCAUUGUGCAUUUGCAUUGGAGCGACGGACGAGUGAGGGUGGUAUAAGAGGGCUCGAUCCCCCUCUCCCCCCGCUGCGGUGCACCGCUCAUGAAGAUGGCCGCGCUCAAGGUCGAGACGCACGAUGAGAGCGUCGUCGCCACGGGCUUGGACGCGCAGAGAAACUUGAAUUAUCGGAGACGCCACUCGUCGGUGCAUCCGCGUCGGAAGAGCGCAGAGUAUAAUUUAGCUAUGGAUGGUGAGGAGGGGCUGUUGUUGAAGGUGGAUAUCUUCCUCUCUGAAUUGGAGCGGCGGCUGGACGUCCUCGAGAACUAUGGGAAUCUCAACCUGGACACGGGGAUCAGCAGGGCGUAUGCCACGCUGCAGGCCGUGCGAGCCCGCUGCAGUCAGGUCUCGGGCGAGGUGAUCGGCGCCGGGUGGAGGAGGGCUCGGGUCAUGGUCGAGACGAUCGAGUCGCGGUAUCAGGAUGCGCUCGCGGCCAAGGAGACCAUGGGCGAGAAGGUCAACAUCGGCAUCGGCCUGCUGGACGGCAUCCUGUCCGACUUUGAGGCCCGCGCCUCCAAGAUGCGGGAGCAGGGUUUUGCGGGCGCCGCGGGCAGCCUCAUGGAUGGAGGCCGGCGCGUGGUGGAUGAGGGCAUUGGGAGGGCCAGGGAGGUGGUGGACGAGGGGAUCGAGCGAGCCAUGAAGGCCGCCGAGACGAUGGAGGAGCACAUCGAAGCGGCCAUCCAGCGCGCUCGUGAGAAUGGGCUCAUCCGGUACGAAGACCUGCCGGUCCCCUGGCGUGUCAACCCGCACAUCGUCCGGGGGUACCGCUUCAGCGCGUCCAAGAUCGAGUGCGUGCGGUCCAUGUUCGGCAUCUCGAACGAGCUGGUCAACAUCUGGUCCCACGCCAUCGGGCUGAUGAUCGUGCUGGCCAUCGCCUUCCACUUCUACCCGUCGUCGUCGAACUUCAGCCUCAGCACCAACACCGACGUCUGCAUCGCGGCCGUCUUCUUCUUCGCGGCCUGCAAGUGCCUGGUCUGCAGCACCAUGUGGCACACGAUGAACUCGGUGGCCGACCAGACGCUCAUGGAGCGCUUCGCCUGCGUCGACUACACGGGCAUCUCGCUCCUCAUCGCCGCCUCCAUCAUGACGACCGAGUACACGGCCUUCUACUGCGAGCCCGUCUCGCGCUGGGUCUACAUGACGCUGACCACGACCCUCGGCAUCGGCGGCGUCAUCCUCCCCUGGCACCCGACCUUCAACCGCAGCGACAUGGCCUGGGCCCGCGUCAUCUUCUACUCGGCGCUGGCCGCGACCGGCUUCGCGCCCGUCCUGCAGCUCAACCUCACGCGCGGCUCCGCCUGGGCCUGGUCCUUCUACGCCCCGAUCGCCAAGAGCCUCGCCGUCUACCUGGUCGGCGCCUGCGUCUACGCGUCCCAGGUCCCCGAGCGCUGGUUCCCCGGCGCCUUUGACUAUAUCGGAGGCAGCCAUAACCUGUGGCAUUUUGCGGUGCUGGGCGGCAUCUGCUUCCACUACGUCGCGAUGCAGGAGUUCUUCGCGCGUGCGUUUGAGAGGAAGGUUAAUGGAUGCUCCCUCUUCUGAUUCAGCUUCGACUUCGGCUUCAGCUUCAGCUUCUGGCUUCUGGCUUUCUGAUACGGCUGGGAGGCUACUUAGGGAAUGGAUGGAUGGAUGGAUGGAUGGAUGGAUGGAUGAAAUGCAUGGAUGGCUAGCUGUCUUGGCUUGGUAGGAUAGGAAGAGGGGGGAUCGGAUCCGGUUCAUAUAGAGAGAGUCUUCUUUAGCAUGCAUGCAUGCAUACAUGCAUGCGUGAUCUUUGGGCCUUUUUUUCGCCCUCCUUACUUACUUAUCCUCUUUCUUACCCCCCCUUUUUAUUUUUUGGGGGCUUUUUUUUCUUCUUCUUCUUUCUUCAUCCAUAGGGAGCAUCGCAUCACAUCGCAUCGCAUGGCAUGGCAUGGCGUUUGGAAGAAGGGGUCAUACAAUACAUACUAUACUAUACAUUACUUAGAUACAUAAGAACAU